AUGGAUGGACUCUCAGUAAAGGAGCCACAGGAGAACGUGGACAAGAGUCACACGGAAUGGAAAUGUCAGAUGCCCACAGAGGCAGCACAGCGUAGAGGAAAGGACCCUGAAUCCGGUUAUCAGAAGAUCUUCGUAAAUAGGAAUAUUCGCUAUACCGACAGCUAUUUAGAAAAACAAACGAAAGCAGCCCGUUCUCGAGUUCUGUGCAUGGUGGUUAGGUUGUACGUGCACCCAGAUUCUCCUUUUACUGGAGAGCAGCUGCUGAAACAGAUGGUGUCCUUUGAAAAAGUGAAGCUCACAAAUAAUGAACUGGAUCAACACGGCCAUAUAACCAAGCUGAAAAUUGACAGCAAUCCAUUUGCCAAAGGUUUCCGAGACUCGUCCAGGCUCACUGAUAUCGAAAGGGAGAGUGUUGAGAGUCUGAUUCAGAAGCAUUCCUAUGCCCGAUCGCCUAUCCGUACCUAUGGGGGAGAAGAGGAUGUCCUGGGAGAUGAGAGCCAGACAGCACAAAAUAGAGGAUCAGCUUUUACUGCAUCUGACAAUUUGUCACUCAGCUCCUGGGUAUCCUCUUCUUCCAGUUUUCCCGGAUUCCAGCACCCCCAGUCUCUGACUGCCUUGGGUACCAGCACUGCCUCCAUCGCCACAUCCAUCCCUCACCCCAUCCAGGGAUCUCUGCCCCCAUAUAGCCGCCUCGGGAUGCCUCUUGCCCCAUCUGCCAUCGCUACCUCCAUGCCGGGAAGUGGACCCACGUUCCCUUCCUUCCACAUGCCCAGAUACCACCACUACUUUCAACAGGGGCCUUAUGCUGCCAUCCAGGGACUGCGCCACUCCUCUACAGUGAUGACACCCUUUGUAUGA